AUGGCUUAAUAAACUCCAAAAUAAUACAAAGCGAAUUUAGAUUAAUAAUCUACUCCAAAUUAAAAUAAUAAAGGAUGUCCUCUUAAUUAGUCUUAGGGAGUAGACAGUGAAUUGUUAUCCUCAAAAAAGAAAGAAGUCUACGAUAGGAUUAUGAGUUCCUAAACAAAUCGAGAUAACUAAACAGAUGUCUCCUAAUAUUUCGAUCAUUUAGGAGGAAAGUGUCUAUGUUCAUUAUGUAACUGUGGAAAACAUAAAUGCAACAGUAAGAAUUGUGUCAACAAACCUUAAUUACAUGGAAAUUACACCAUCUAUUAAAAGGAGUUUGUAAAAAAGACCCCUGAGAAUGGAUCAAGAUGCAACUAAAACAUUUUUUAGUAACCAAAGCCUGAGGGUGAUUUAGGAAAUGUUACCACUUAUAAACAUGAUUUUCCAGGAUAUAAUAGCAAAGUAGAAUUACAAAAGAACACAUCCAAACCUACUGUUAGUGGCGUUCCAUUCUCUGGAAUUUCAACCUAUAAUAAUAUGUAUUUAAAUUGGGGAAUGGGUGACACACCUCAAUUAUUACCAUAAAACAACCCUACUGUUAUCAAAGAAAUGCCAUUUAUGGGAAAGAGCAUUUAUAAAGAUAGCUAUUAAGGAGCUUAAACAGUACCAGUGCAAAGUUGUAAGAAUAUGAACAAAGCAUUAAAAUCACCCUUAUCACCUCCAGAUCUGAAAUUUUAUGCAGAAUCAAUAUCGAAAUCUUCAUAUAAACCCUUCAAACCAGAAACAACUUAAAGUGCCAAAGGUAAAUAAGAUUCAACUCUAAAUCCAUCAUACAAUGGUUAAUAUAACAGUGAAUACCGUAAAGAAUUUGAUCCAAAACAUUAGAGUCAAUGUCCUGCCAAAGAAGUGUUAGAGGAAGUUGCUCGUAGCACUUAAUUUUGA